CUCCCCCACCGCCCACACGCGCAGCUGUCGAUCCGCUGCCCCUGUCACCAGCCUCCGUCUAUCCGGGCUUAAAACCAGGGACCAGAUCUCCGACCGGUGCCCCGUUAGCGUCUGCACGCAAUGCUGGCUCGCCAGCUCCCAGACCUUCAACAGCGUGUCCUUGGAGGAGGAGAGCAGGUACCGAGGGCCAGCCCCUUCCUCCCCCC